AUGGCAUCAUGCCAUUGUGAGAUGGCUGGAUGCCUAUGUGAGAUGGCUGGAGGCCAAUGUGAGAUGGCUGGAUGCCAACUUGAGAUGGCUGGAUGCCAAUCUGAGAUUACUGGAUGCCAUUGUGAGAGUGCUGGAUGCCACUGUGAAAGGCUGGAUGCCGCUGUGGAAGGGCUGGAUGCCAUGGCUUCUCGGGACGAGUCUCGUCCCGAACACAGCGGCAUCACGUCCACUCUCAGAGUGAACGUGGACUUGCCUGGUUCGGAUGUAUCGAGCUGCAGCGUGAGUCUGUCUGCACUUACCAUCCAAUAG